CCCAUUCCCAUCUUCCAGAAAAUUCUCUUCAUGGAUAUAUAGAGCUGCCGAGCCGUGUCAGGGAUAAGCCACCCGCCACAUACAUCUGAGAGGACAAACCCUGCGAAUCGGUGCCAGAAUGAAAAUCGCAGACAUGAAAACAUCUCCAGGUAUCCAAAAGUAAAACCAAUGUUUUCUGUGUCAUAAAUGUUCAAACAGAAAGAUGCAGGCGACGUCUCUGCACAGGAAACAGGAUGUUGCUGCAGCUGGUUAUUUCCAGCCUGAGGAUAUGGGUUUGACUCUUUGUUCAAACUCUUUGUGAUGAAAUGAGUUAGUUGCAGCCUGCAGACUUAUGUGGCAAAGUGUGCAAAAGAAACCCAAGUCGCCCUGCAGGUCUUUUUCAUCCAAAGAAGUGAGAAGUAUCCUAUUUCAGCUCUCAGCUGUACCUCGACUGUGUGCCGACGUGGCACUAAUCAUGUCUGCCUAGACUGGAGCCUUUCCAGAGUUUCUCUGUGGGCGGAGCUUGCCCUGUCCUACCCUGUCUCCACAGCUUCAUAAUCAGUCUUUUGCCUACUUAAAAUUCUUCAGUAGAUGUGCAUUUGCUCCAUUCAUUCAGUGACUUUUGUGGCCUUAACCGUGUCUUCUUUUUUGUUUCUUUGCUUGCAGGCUGCUGUAGCUGCGAUCAGAUACUGACAGGAUGUGGAUGACAAACAUUGUCGCUCUUUGUCUGCUGGCCAUUGUGGCCUCUGCAGAAGACAAGAAACUGAGCAGCCAUGCCGCCACGCUGGCUGACACAAGUGCAGACUUGGCCUUCAGCCUCUACCACUCUAUGGCUAAGGAUAAAGACACGGACAACAUUGUCGUCUCUCCCCUCAUCGUGGCUUCCUCACUGGGGCUGGUAGCUCUUGGUGGGAAAGCCUCCACCGCCUCCCAGGUGAAAACUGUCCUUAGUGCUGCCAAACUCAAGGAUGAGCAACUCCACACUGGUCUGUCAGAGCUCCUCUCUGAGGUGAGUGAUGCCAAGACCCGCAACUCCACCUGGAAGAUCAACAACCGCCUCUACGGCCCCAGCUCCAUCUCCUUCGCCGAUGACUUUGUGAAGAACAGCAAGAAGCACUAUAAAUACGAGCACUCCAAGAUAAACCUCAGGGACAAGAGGAGCGCCGUGAACUCCAUCAACGAGUGGGCGGCCAAGUCCACAGACGGCAAGCUGCCCCAGAUCACCAGUGAUGUGCAAAACGCAGAUGGAGCCAUGAUUGUCAACGCCAUGUUCUUCAAACCUCACUGGGAUGAGAGAUUCCACGAUAAAAUGGUUGAUACCCGCGGUUUCCUGGUGACCCGCUCCUUUACUGUUGGAAUUCCCAUGAUGCACCGCACCGGUCUUUAUGACUUCUAUGAGGACACAGAGAACCAAAUCUAUGUGCUGAACAUGCCUCUGGGCCAGAAGCAGGCGUCCAUGAUCUUCAUCAUGCCAUAUCACCUGGAGCCUCUGGGCCGUGUGGAGAAGCUGCUGACACGGAAGCAGGUUGACACGUGGAUCAGCAAAAUGGAGAACAGAGCUGUUGCUAUCUCCCUCCCCAAAAUCUCUUUGGAAGUCAGCCACAACCUCCAGAAAUAUCUAGCUGAACUUGGCCUGACUGAAGCUGUGGACAAAUCCAAAGCUGACCUCUCCAACAUCUCUGGAAAGAAGGACCUCUAUCUGUCCAAUGUGUUCCACGCCUCCGCCCUGGAACUGGGCCCUGAAGGAAACCCGUUUGACUCGAGCAUCUUUGGCACCGAUAAGCUGAGGAACCCUAAACUUUUCUACGUAGAUCAUCCUUUCCUUUUCCUGGUGAAAGACAACAAAACCAACUCCAUCCUCUACAUCGGCAGAGUCGUUAGACCCAAAGGAGAUAAGAUGCGUGACGAGCUUUAAUGUUAAUGUUCUCAGUCAUGUUAGGUAGCUUUAAUAUUUGUGAAAUCGGGACAGGAAAUGAUGUGUGUGAGUGUGUUUGUGGAUUUCAUUGGUGUGACUGUUACCUCACAUUCCAGUAGGCAAUCUGGUCUGGACAUCUGAGCAUAUACAAACUCUUCACUCCAAAACAACCACUCUCAUUAGGACGAACCUAAACCAGCUUCAGAUUCAGUCUGGAUACUUAUAUUAAGUAUGGUGCAUAUUUUAAAUGUAAUGUCCUGCUUUGCCACUGUUGGCCGAAACACACCCCAAGUGCGUUUUCUUGCAUUAUCUUUAAUGUUUAAAGAAAAAAAAGAUCUUUGCACGCACUCUCUCUUCUGUAUAUUUGCCUCCGUGUUGUGCUGAACUGUUCCUCAGCUCUGAGCUGAGUUUGUGGCAAAUGUCUGGGUCUUAACUCAUGCUCAAUCUCCAGCCAUGGCUUGUCAUUGUGUCACUGUGGGUGUUUUUUUGUUCUCUCUCUUUUUUUUUUUACAAAGAAGCUGUUGAAAUUUUGUAAUUAUGAAACAAUGUGUGAAUUUUUAUUAAUAAAAGAGAACGAAGAAA